UGGCGAUUGAAGUAUGAACUUCGACGAAAACGUUUGAGUGUCUGCUAAGUUUUUAUCUCGAUUUCUUUAAAUUUUACGGCCAUGUGUGGUAAUAUUAGCGAAGUUGCAAGAAAUUCUAGUGAUGAUAUCCACCACUGCAAGUAGUAGAGUGAGAAACCCUAAGGUUACGGAGAAUUCCGAUGCUCCAGAUCGAGAAGAAAUCGGACAAGAAAACACAACGGAUGAUAAGGUCAGAGGUUAUGUUGGUUUAUACGAUGCAUCCUCAUCAUUUGGUGGUCCGAGAGACAUCCGCUUACGGUCGCGGGGCCGCGUAUCGGAGUUCCGCCACUCCAGGGGAAUCGGAAGAGGAGGACCCAGGGGCCGCGGAGGUUUCCCGCCACGGGGUGACCGUGAUGAAAAUACCUUUAAAUAUCACGAAUCGUUAGCCAGUACGAACCAUGACACUUGGUCUCAAGGAAAUAAUAAUAAAUUUUAUGAACGAUCUGACCUAGUGGUCAACUUGCCAGAAGAUCCACGCAUAUCUAAACUUUUACGUCGUUUGUGUGCUGAAGUCGAUGUUGAGAAGUCGCUGGUUAUAUGCAGUAAGUUACAAGAUGCUGUCAUGUUACCAGAAAAUUCGAGGUACAUUAGGAGAUCAUAUGAUAUUCUUGUGGAGUCUUUAUUAGAUGUUUUAUAUGAUGCACCGGGGCCAGAAACAAAAGAAAGUGCUGCUGUAGUGCUUGGAAGAAUUGGAUAUGUUAUGGGCCCUGAUUUUCGCAAACAUUUAGAUUGGAUUGCAUCAACAUAUUCAGUUCAUAACACAUCUAUCAAACAUUUGUUAACUUUGUCAUUUUCUGAAACAUUCCAAUUAGAUUUCCAAACUCCCAAUUUGACAGAUUUUGCUGAGCUGGCCCUAGAAAGAAUGCAAACAAUAAUUGAGGGCACUGAUUCUUCUGAUGUGUUUAUGGCGGCAAUAAAUGCAAUGAUAGUUAUGUCUAAUUCUUACCCAGAGCACUUUGCCAAUCACUUUGUUGAUACAGUUGACAUACUAGUCGGUUGGCAUGUUGAUAAUGCCCAACCCAAAAAGAUCAAAGAGUUUGCUUUACAAGCUUUAUUCAAGUUGAGUCGCCACUGGCAAGCAGAUGUUGGAUUUUCUGUGAAUUUACUUAACCAAUUCAUAGAAGAUAUGAUGGCUUAUUCAGGAUUGGAUGAUAAAGGUGAGAAGGAGGAUGAAACUAAUUCACAGGAGGACUGUAUGCAAAAAAUUGCUUCAUUUCUGAAUGUUUUUAACACUGUGGUAAAAAGUUUGGGGUCUUUGUUAAGUCCAACUGUCUCACAAACAGUGUCAUGGGUGUUUUUAUCUGAUGCCUUGACAAAAAUACUUCAAGUGUUGACAGAAGUGCUACAGGAAGAUGCUGAUACUGAAUUAAUAAUAGCCGGAAAUGAAUGUAUUUCAUUACUUUUGAGUUUUCUACAAACAAAAUCAUCAUCAUGCUCAACUGCACUAUUUUCUCUUAUAUCUAAGGAAGUGACAAAUUAUUUAAAUGCGGGUGAAAGUAUUUGUCUUAGUAUUGUAAAUUUGAUAUCCACUACAAUAAAAGAAAUAUCGUCAAACCUACCAAUUGACUUCAUAGCACAGACUAUUGGACCUGAAUCGCUUUUGAGACCUUUGCGAUAUUCAGAAAGUGCACAAGUUUCACAAAGUGUAAUGAUGAUUUACAGCAAUUUACUUAACUUGAAAAACAUACCUCUUCUCCAAGAAGCCUAUAAGUUUGUUUUAUCAGACCUGCACAAUUCAUUGAGUAUAAUAAUACCAGAAGUACAGAUUAUAAAUGUUGAAUAUUCUGAAAAAGUGAGUAAAGAUGAUGCAGAAAGAAAUAUUCUAUUUUAUCUGCAGUGUUUAUCAGAUUUGGCAAACGCCAGUAACUCAAUUAUUGGUAUGUGGGCAUUGCAACCAAGCAUUUUGGAAUUAUUGGCUAUAAAAAUGUGCCCACAUAAUGAAAUUUUGACUAAAGAUAGACCAGCCUUGAAGUACUCUAUACUGUAUCUUUUAUACUCGCAUUGUAAGAAGAAUAAUCAUUUUAUUGCAUCAAGUGAUCUUGUCACAAAUUCACAACAGAGAGCUAAUGAUUUAUUUGGUCUGUCAAAUUUGAGCCUCGGUGAUGUAUCCGGAACGAGCCCUACUUGUGGUCAUUUAGCAGUAAUCUUGCAAACUCUGAGCAUUGUCUUAGAUGAACAUGUAAACAAAGAAACUUUACUGUUAGUAUUAAAUUGGAUAUCAGACAUAUUUUGUCAGUUGGAUAAAUAUUUACCAACUGUGAGUUUAUCAAAAGGAUUUCUUGUAUUAACAACUAAUAUGCUUGAUCUUGCAUACAGUUGUGAUGGUGAUGUUGUUCUUAAAGUUAUGAAAAAUUGUCACUACCUAUUAAAGAACAAGAGCUUGACUUGGAAUGUGAUGCUUCUAAAGACAAUGACAUUAAUAUGUCUGCUUCACAUUGAUAAUAAAAAUAACAUGGUAUCUGGACUGUGUAAGGAUGUACUGUUUCAACUUCCAUGGGACAUAGUUCAACAAGAAUUAGAUAAACAGACAGUCAAAAUAUUUGCUUGCCGAAAAGUAAAUCUGACAGUAAUUAAUUGUAACACAAAACUGAAUGCCCUAAAAGAGUUUCUUGUGAAAGGAUCAUUCUCACCACUACCCAACCAUCACUUUAAAUUAAUUAUCAACUGUCUAAUGGGAGUGACAGAUGACGAUAAGUCAUUCUUAUAUGAUAUUUUUAACAUGUCUUGGCCUUUGCAAUGCCUUGAAGGGGAUGAGAAAAAUCUACUGUUUUUCCGUCAGUGUGCUAGCAAUUUUUCCUCUAUUUGCAUAAGCUGGGCAUUAUCAGAACUUGCCCAAACAUGUAUUUCUCUCAAAUUACGAACUGCAUUAGGAAAGCCACAGGAAACAUUUACUAAGAUUGAGAGUGCUUUAAAAGGAAUUGCACGCGAAAUUUCUUUGCCAGAUAAUAAAUACAUAGCAAGUAAUGAGAAAUCAUUAUUGGAAAUAGUUCUUGCCGAACAAACAAGAGCUCGUUGGAUUAUAGAAUUUAUGAUGUUUUUGGAGAAAUAUACUUAUAAUGCUGCAGAAGGAACAGCAUCAGUCCUUCCAGCUGUUGCAAAAGCUGUGAAAACAUUUUUCCACACUAAUUGGUCGACAUGCCGAGAGUGGCAACAUAGAGUGAGACCCGCAGCUUUAGCAGUUAGCUUGUAUUCUGGACAUUUUGGAGCAACUGUUUACCAUGCUUCUUUAAUCCUGGAAAAUGCAGCAAACUCAAAAAGUAACGUGGACAUUGAAGCAAUUGUAAUAAGUAUUGCAAAAGCAUUAAUAAAAAUGCAAGAGCCUGAAGUUCUAUAUGGUCUCUUUGUAUGGAUUAAAAAGAAAUUUGACUUGAAGUUACCAUGGCUUAAAGGAGCUGCAGAACAAGCAAAUUCAAAGUAUGAAUUAGCUGUAGAACAAUACAGAAAAAUUAACGAAGCUAAGGCUACACAAGAAGAAUCUUCAACUUCAAUUUCAAAUGAAUCGAGGUUACACAAAUUUAUAACAGAGAAUAUAACUGAAAGUUAUAGAAACUUACAGAGCUGGGACGAAAUGAUAGAAUGGAUAGAAUCUGAAAAUGAAAAUUAUGAAGCCUUGAAUUACGAAAAGUACAACGUACUACGAAUGUUUGAUGAUAACAUUGAGUUGUCGAAUCUCGGCGAUUGGGGUGAUUUUGACAUAGAUACUAAAGAAAUACCAAAACAAGCUUGUUCAUAUCAAGGCUUAAUUAAUAAAAUUGAGUCAGUACUGACAACUACAGCUGUUAACAUAUUUUACAAUGAUUAUGACGAGAGAUAUGAUAUGCUUUUGAAAGAUUGUGCUAAAGUACUCAAUGCUAGUGCAGAAGAAUUUGCUCGUAAUAAUUCCAUAGGAUUCAUGAAAGAAAUAGCAGUGUUGCAGUUGGCAAAUAAUGGAUUACAAAAUUUAAAGAAUGGAAAAAUCAUUACCAACCCAUUUAAACCCUCUGUAAUUAAAGAACACAAAUAUGGAACUGAAAUGAACAAUCUGAAUCGUAUUUUGUGGUGGAAUCAAUAUUUCAUGAAAUUAAAUAUGAGUGAAGAGAAUGUAUUUUACAAUGAAUGCUUACGACUUGACGUCAUAAAGAGCGCAAGAAAGAACGUUAAUUUGCAAAUGGCGAAACGAGAAUUAUUAAAGCACUUUAAAAAUAAUCCAUCAUUCCAGCUAUGCUUAAAUAUUAACAGCUUAGAUGAUCUCAGUGACAUACUAAUGAUGUCUACUAAUACUUACGAUUUGGAUAUUUGGACAUUGAAUAAUGCAACCGCGUUAACAGAGUUAUGCAAAGUUACAUACGCUAAAGAAGAGACAAAAAUACAUGCUAUAAAUUUGUGCGCUAGCAUAUCUCUUGGGUUUUCACAGAGAUUGGCAAUAGGUGAUCACAGUUACGAGCUGCGAGAGAAAGGAACGAGAAUGUUAUUGACAUUAUCGAAAUGGGUGCAGAAUGAAAAUGAAAAUGUUUUAGAGAGUGAUUCGCCCUUAACAAAGUUAGUGUCAGCAUUGCCAGAAAUCGGUUUAGUAGAUAACAACAUUUCAGAAAACGUUAUACCUAUAUCAGAUUCGGCAGUCGGUAAGCUUUUGCAGUUCGGAGUAAACCAAUGUCCAGGCUUGGCGAAAGCUUGGGCAAGUUUUGCAGCGUGGUGCUUUAGAUGGGGUCGCAAAAUGGUCGAAUUUAGUUCGAAGACAGGAGAACAAUUGACAGAUAAUGAUAAAUUACAAAUAGAAAGCGUUAUGAUUGGUUGUUCUCCACAAGAUUUCGAGGCUGUUUGUGAAAUAUUGUCUAAGACUAAAGCCACAUGCGACGAGGAAGACAUAGAUUGGAACGAAAUUAAUACAUCAGAAAUGAUAGAGAACCAGUUGCGAACAGUACCAUCCUUAAACAAUGCAUUUCCAGAACAUUUAGCUCUUCUUUUAGAUAUCUGGCGUCAAGCUCAAAAAAGAGUAUUUUCGUACUUCGAAUUGUCUGCUGACGCUUAUUUCAAAUUUUUGCAAUUAAUUUGUGCAUCAGAUUUUAUCAAUCACAGUGGUGAAAAUGCCGUUGUUAAUGCAACUCUUCGUCUACUUCGAUUAAUAGUGAAACAUGCAAUGGAGUUACAAACAGUACUCGAGUCGGGUUUAGCAAAUACACCUACUCAACCCUGGAAAGUUAUUAUACCCCAGUUGUUCUCUAGACUCAAUCAUCCAGAGACUUAUGUACGAAAAUGUGUUUCUGACUUGUUGUGUCGACUGGCAGAAGAUACUCCUCAUCUUAUUACUUUUCCUGCUGUUGUUGGCGCUGUCGAAAAUGAACAAAAUAGUUUAACUGAAUUGCACGUACCAAGAUCUUACUUAUCAAAUGAUGAUGCUGAAAGCGAUGACGAUCUCGAAUUGGAAGAUAAUGUAAGUGAUAAAGUUAGCAAUAACGAAUUAAAUUCCUGUUUCUUAGACAUGGUUGAAACCUUAGCCAAACAAGCUCCGCAAACAAUACUUCAAGUAAAAUUAUUAGUCAAAGAACUACAACGCAUUAAUUUACUUUGGGAUGAAUUAUGUUUGGGUACAUUAGUCCAGCAUCACUCUGAGUUCAAUAAACGACUCUCUCAAUUAGAAAAUGAAAUCGCCAAAGUGAAAAAUAAUCAGAACUUAUCUGGAGAAGAAAAAGAAAAGCUUAUUAAAGAAAAACAUCGUAUAAUUUUCGAACCUGUUGUGUUUGUGCUAGAACAACUUCAUCAAAUUACUUCUGCGAAACCAGAGACGCCACAUGAAGUGUCAUUCCAAAGCAAAUUUCAAGCAAUUAUAGUCGAUGUCAUUGAUAAGAUGAAGAAUCCUGUAAAUCCAGAAAAACCACAAGAGUCAUGGGCGCCUUUGAAACAGUUUCAAAUAAAGUUACAACAAAAAGUAAAUAAAAGGACAUCAUACAUUUUGAAAAUGUCAGAUAUAAGUCCCAUAUUGGCAGAAUUAAGAAACACUGUUAUAACAAUGCCAGGAUUACACACAAAUCAAAGAACUGUUCGCAUCACUAUUAAAUCAAUUGAAAACAACGUCGCUAUUUUACCGACGAAGACGAGACCAAAGAAAUUAAUCUUCUACGGGUCAGAUGGCAAGGCGUACACCUACUUAUUCAAAGGACUAGAAGAUCUUCAUUUAGACGAAAGAAUAAUGCAGUUGUUGUCUAUAACAAAUACAAUGUUGGCUCGUGAUUCUGAAAAUAACGACAACCAAACAUACAGGGCCCGUCAUUAUUCCGUCAUUCCGUUGGGUCCUCGAUCAGGUUUGAUCAGUUGGGUUGACAACGUGACUCCCUUAUUCGCCUUAUAUAAACGCUGGCAGAACAGAGAAGCUGCAAUCCUAUCAGCUAAAACAAAUAAGACCGUUAACGUGUUGAGACCGUCGGAGCUCUUUUACAAAAAGCUGAAUCCACUUCUAAAAGAGGCGGGUGUAGCGACCGAGAAUAGAAAAGAAUGGCCGGUGUCGAUUUUAAAGCGGGUCUUGGAGGAGUUAUCGGCGGAGACGCCACGCGAUUUGUUGUGGAGGGAGUUGUGGUGCAGUAGCGUGACUCCAGAGCAGUGGUGGCAAAUGACGCGGCGCUACAGCUACUCAGUGGCCGUAAUGAGUACUAUCGGUUAUAUAAUCGGUUUGGGUGAUAGACAUUUGGACAAUGUGCUCGUGGACUUGACGACCGGUGAGGUUGUGCAUAUUGAUUAUAACGUGUGCUUCGAGAAAGGCAAGACGCUGCGAGUGCCGGAGAAGGUGCCGUUCAGGAUGACUCCGAAUUUGGUGACGGCGCUCGGUGUGACGGGGGUUGAGGGCAUCUUCCGUUUGGCCUGCGAGCACGUGAUCCGCACGAUGCGCCGCGGCCGCGAGACGCUGCUGACGCUGCUCGAGGCGUUCGUGUACGACCCGCUGGUGGAGUGGGGCGGCGGCCGGCGGCGGCGCGGCGCGAGGCACGUGCGAGCCGCGCGGGCGAUGCUGGCCGUGCGGGUGCAGGAGCUACGGCACAGCGUCACCGAAGUCACGGAACAACUAGUGUCUUUAUUACCUGAAGUUAAGAAAUGCGCUGAAAAGUGGCUCGAGGAAAACGAAGAGCUAAACAGAGUCGAGACCAAGUUACAAGAAUGUCACAUUCAAAUGGUUCUAAUCAAAGAGAUAGAAUCAUACGGCAGUAACCUCGCCAACCAUCCUCUGUAUACAAUUUCUCAAAAAUAUACAUCGUACAAACAAGCUAAGAAUGCCGUUGAAGAUUCCAUGAAGGCUCUCGUAAAAAUACUUAACGAUUUUGACACUCAAAUAGAGAAUUUUGCGACCACAAACGAAGUCCUGAAUGGGCCACAGCUGAUGGCGUGGGUACAAGAGUUUUCGGGAACUAAUGAAGAUGACGAUAAACCGAUAUUUGAACACGUUAAAGAAUUUUUGACCAACGCCGGACAGGGCACAAUGCUGACUCAGUGUGAGCAAGCGGAAGCUGAACUAAAUCAAUGUAUGCAGCAGACUAAUGUCCUCAUUCGCUCUUGUCUCGAGCUGCUAUCACAAUACGUCGCAGUCUCACAAUACUACCCGCAAAGUCAAACAGAAUACCAUCGCAUUGUUAUGUUCCGUAAAUACCUAGCCACGGCAUUAGAAAGCAAAUCACCAGAGGUAUGUCGAGAAGUAGCCAAUCAGGUGAACGCUUUAGUCAAUUCAGAUAAUGCCAGCGGUGAUGCACAACAAAUCAUCGCAUACAACUAUCGCCUGCAGCAACUAAAUGCUGAAGCUAAUGCUCAUCUAAAUAAAUGCCUCGAAAGAUUGCAGUUGGAGGGUGGGGCUGAUGCGAUUGUUAUAGCGCAAGAGGCGUACAAUGAAGCCAAAGCUAACAUUAGCAACUGGGUGAGAACCGAAGAAGGCGCGGCGGCCACUUUAGAAAGUGUGGUCAUUGGAAUGCUAUGCAACUUGAACAGGAGAUAUUUAAUGCUCGAAAACGGUGCUCAAAGCGCGGGCGAUUGUCUCGUAGACCUAACUUCGAGGGAAGGGGAGUGGUUCUUAGAUGAUAUGAGCGCGUUAUCCGUGCAGGCUGUCGAGCUGCUCUCGCUGUUGCCGCUCCAAUCAGCGUCCGUAGAAGACGCAUCGAUGGCCGUCGCGGUCGAAUGCGUGCGAAAUGCCAAUCUAUUGCUAGCUGAUUUGGUUCAGCUGAAUUACAAUUUUAGCACCAUCAUUCUUCCCGAAGCCUUGAAGAAGGUGCAUUCAGAGGAUCCGUCGACGUUGCACAUGAUAAACGAACUGAAUGCCGUAAUAAUGAAUUCGCCGGUACCCUUGAACGAGAUACUGGCUCAACUGGAAGUGCAUUUUAGAUACCUGCUUAUGGAUAUGGAGUCCCCCGCAGCCGGCGCGCAAGUGUUAGCUGCCGAGCUGCGCGGCCGCUACGAGGCGCUCCUGUCGGCGAGCCCCGAGGAGGGCCCGGCCGGCGGCCGCAUGCUGCUGAUGGGCUUCAACGGGCUCUUCGCGGCCGUCGAGCUGCGCAGCCGCGAGCUGGCCGACCACCUCAGCGCGCCCGUGCCCCAGGCCUGGCGGAAGAUCGACCAUAUCAACGACGCCUUGCACAUGUCGGCGGCGAUGCAGCGCAGCGCGCUACGCGGCGUGCUCGAGGAUAUGUUCUUCGUGCGGCGCGUGCAGACCGCCGCCGAGGUGUUCGCGCUGUGCGCGCAGCUGGCGGCGGCGCACCGUGGGGCGCCGGGUGCCGCGGGUGCCGUCGGUGCCGCGGGUGCCGCCGGGCCCGCGCUGGCGGCGGACGCGGGCGCGCUGUGCAAGCCGGUGCGGCGCUUCACGGCCGAGUACGUGUCGCGCUGCGUGCUGGGCGUGCCGUCGCGCGCGCUCGCCUGCGUGCUGUGCCUGCUGCUGCGCCGCAACCGGCUCGACCUGCACGACGAGGUCGAGCAGAAGGAGAUCGGCGCCUCGUGGAGCGUGUCGCUGGAGUCGCUGUGCGAGAAGGUCUGGCGGCGCGGGUGGCGGCGGGGCGGGCGCGCGCGCACCGCGCCGGCGCCGCGCUGCGGGCGGCCGACUGCGCGCGCGCCGCCGCCCGCGCCGCGCGCCUGCGGGCCGCCGCGCACACGCACCUGCACGCCGAGGUGA